AUGGAAUGUUCUGGAACUAGACAGAGGAGCCGCAUUGGCCUGUCCCAGACUCUGCAGGGCGGUCAGGCCGCCCUGACCACGGCCCCGCCCCGCAUCCCGAGCCGCGGACGCGCGCGGGGAGUCAAGACCGGGCGGCGGCGAGCGGGGCGCGGGGCCGUACGCGGCCGCCUGUGACUGGGCCUGGCGUGGGUACUGCUGGCACGGGCGCCCGGCGCCGCGGGGACCCCAAACAGUCCGCGGAGACCACGCAGCCACAUGCAUCUGGAGGGCGACGUGCGCUGGCGGCGCCUCUUCCCCUCCACCCACUUCUUCCUCUGUGUGGACCCCAGCGGCCGCGUGCAGGGCACCCGCUGGCGCGACAGCCCUGACAGCGUCUUCUUCGAGAUGCGCUCCAUCCGCGUGGGCGUCGUGGCGCUCAAGGUCGUGGACACCGGCUUUCACGUGGCCAUGAACCGUCGCGGCCGCCACUCCGGGUCAGUGAGUGCAAGUGCGCGGGGCGGGCUGGGGUGCGUGGGGCGCGCCCGAGUGGGGGCAAACGGCUACAACACCUACACCUACGAGUCCGUGCCCUGGCGCCACCGCGGCCGGCCCAUGUUCCUGGCGUUGGACGGGCGGGGGGCCCCGAGGCGCGGGGUCCGCACGCAGCGACACCACCCGUCCACGCACUUCCUGCCUGUCCUGGUCUCCUGA